CUAAUUGGGAAUUAACCAUUUCAGGACCGAUUGUAACCGGGCCGGUUGAGAGUUAGAACAGACUCGUGGUGAUGGCUAGAGCUAGACUCGUGUAGUUGCAGAGAAGGCAAACCCUUCGUCGCUUUUCGUUCUUCAUAUGUGAAAAUAUAACUCUGAACUAAUAAUAAGGAAAAGGGAAUGUCUUUUUGUCUUUCUGUAUCAACACCAAUUAUUUUUUCUAUAAAACCUUUCUUCUCUAUGUUUAAUGGAAAGAAAAGGACAGUAAGUAAAUUGGUAGUAAAAGCAGGGCCCAAAAGGAUUUGCUUUGACAAAGAAUGCAGAGAAGCUUUGCAAUCUGGAAUUGAUAAGCUAGCUGACGCUGUUUCUGUCACCUUAGGACCUAGAGGACGUAAUGUUGUUCUUUCUGAUUCUAAGACAUUAAAAGUAGUGAACGAUGGUGUUACAAUAGCUCGAGCCAUAGAGCUUUCAGAUACAAUGGAGAAUGCUGGAGCAAUGCUAAUCCAAGAGGUUGCAAAUAAAAUGAAUGAUUUGGCUGGUGAUGGUACUACAACUGCAAUCAUUUUGGCUCGUGCAAUGAUCAAAAUGGGCCUGUUAGCAGUUGCUUUUGGGGCCAACCCUGUUUCUUUAAGGAAAGGAUUAGAUAUGACUAUAAAAGAAUUAGUUGAAGUCUUGAAGGAGAAAAGUGUUUCAGUGAUAGGAAGGGAUAACAUUAAAGCGGUUGCUUCCAUCUCUGCUGGGAAUAAUGAAUUUGUUGGGAACUUAAUUGCGGAGACUAUUGACAAGAUUGGCAAUGAUGGAGUAAUCUCAAUUGAAUCAUCUUCGACCUCUGAAACUUAUGUGAUCAUAGAAGAAGGAAUGAAGAUUGAUAAGGGCUACAUGUCUCCCCAGUUCAUAACAAACCAGGAAAAAUCUCUGGUAGAGUUUGACAAUGCCAGGGUACUAGUAACUGAUCAACGGAUUGCAACUGUCAAAGAAAUCGUCCCUUUGUUGGAAAAGACUAUGCAAUUGAGUGUCCCACUGUUAAUCUUUGCUGAGGAUAUGUCAAAGCAGGUACUGGAAACACUAGUGGUGAACAAAAUGCAAGGUUUAUUGAAUGUUGCUGUUGUCAAAUGCCCUGGAUUUGGAGAGGGAAAGAAGGCUUUAUUGCAAGACAUUGCCCUUAUGACAGGUGCCGAUUUUCUUUCUGGAGAUUUUGGUCUGACUCUCAUGGGCGCAACCUCAGAUCAACUUGGCAUUGCACAGAAAGUUACCAUAACAAGUAACUCAACAACCAUAGUUGCUGACUCUUCUACCAAAGCCGAAAUUCAAGCUAGAAUUCUUCAGAUGAAGAAGGACCUUGCUGAAACAGAUAAUAAAUACUUGUCAAGAAAGCUCUCAGAAAGAAUUGCCAAAUUGUCUGGUGGCGUGGCUCUAAUCAAGGUAGGAGCGCAUACAGAAACAGAACUUGAAGAUAGGAAACUCAGGAUUGAGGAUGCAAAGAAUGCAACUUAUGCUGCCAUGGAUGAAGGGAUAGUACCUGGUGGUGGUGCUGCAUAUGUACAUCUCUCAGAGCAGAUUUCCACCAUACAGGAUUCAAUGGAAGAUGAAAAUGAGCAGAUUGGUGCUGACAUUGUGGCAAAGGCACUUCUUGUACCUGCAAAAACAAUUGCAACUAAUGCUGGGGUUGAUGGAGCAGUUGUUGUGGAGAAAAUAAGAUCUUCAGACUGGAGAAUCGGUUUCAAUGCAAUGACUGGUGAAUACGAAGAUCUUUUGGACGCAGGGGUGGUAGAUCCUUGUAGGGUUUCACGAUGUGCACUUCAGAGUGCUGCAUCAAUUGCUGGACUAGUUCUAACAACUCAAGCUAUAUUGGUGGAAAGAACAAAGAAGCCUAAGCCCGCUGUUCCUCAUGUUCCUGGAAUAACACCAUAGGAAAACAACUGAGCCUGGAGAGGAACUGAAGAAAGUUCAAUCUGCAUUGGUAUGAAGAAACAUACAGCUCAAGCUAGCAUAGUUAGACUAAACUUGAAGAUUAAAGAAGCUUCUCUUUUUCUUUGGAACUGUCUUUACUCUUGGAAUUGCUGGACAGCUAUGGCUUCUUAUCAACACAAGCGAGAGCUUCAAGUGCCAUGUUGGUGGAAGGGUUUCAGUUUUCUGGGUAAACUUUUGGGCCCUGCGUUGGUAGUUUCACUCAACAGGUUAUCAGUUACUGAUUUGAUACCGGCAGUGGCGUCCACCUGAUCUGUUGUCUUCCUAUUUCAUUUUUGUUAAAAAAGAUUGCGGCUUAUUCAAUCUUGUACAUGAAGGGAAAUGAUGAACAUUGUGGUAAUUUUGCUUUUGAUAGCCGAGAAUAGCUUUUGAAGUUGCUACUGAAGAAGUAGGGAUAGCAGAAUAGUUGGUCAUUGGCAGGAUUGCUUAUAGCUGUGCGUUUAUAAUUAUUACCAAAUAUGGUUGUUUUGUGCUGUUAAUGAGAUUAUCAAUUCAAUAUUAUCAUCUGCUGAUAAUUGAAUGCUUA